AUGAGAUACUUUCUGUCCUCAGGAGUCUGCUGCACAGCCACACUCAGCCGUCUCAGACAGUUCCACAUCAGUGAGAAUAUAUUAAAUUGGACAGAGGCACGGGACUACUGCCAGAAUCACAGUGCUGAUAUUGCCACUGUCUACAAUCAAGAGGAAUCUGAGCAGCUGAUACAGUUAAUUAAAUCUAAAGAGAGCUGUAGAGCUUGGAUAGGUCUGCGUCGCACAAUACCAAGUCUGAAGUGGUCUAAUGGAGACACUGUUAAUGUCACCGCAUGGUCUCUCAGUAACUACACAGAGCCAAACUGUGCAGCAUUCAUCACUGAUAAACUAUGGGAUCUAUGUAGUCAGAAUUCUUUUUUCAUGUGUUACAAAAAAGGUAAUUCAUUGCAAUUGUUGGUCAAUUGUUAUUAUUAUUAUGAUUAUUAUUUUUGUUGUUGUACUAAAUUGUAUGUCUUGGGAAGCAAAGUUUACAGUAGAUGUCCAUUUUGUUUGUGCAGGAGUCAUAGAUCCAUCCCUUAGAUACACUCUGGUGAAGGAGAACAUGACCUGGUAUGAGGCUCAGAGUUACUGCAGAGAGAAUUACACUGACCUGGUCAGCAUCAGGAACGAGGUACAGAAGGAGGAAGUGAAGAACAAAGGGAUGAACAGCACUACUCCUUACUGGAUCGGCCUGCUGUAUGAUGACUGGGAGUGGUCUGAUGGAGGGAGAUCUGCCUACAGAGGCUGGGCAAAUCCACCAAACGAUAAUUGCACACAACUUCUGACAUAUUUCAGUAUGCCACAAAAACAAGUAGCUGUGCCAUGCAAUAAUAGCCCAGUGCACUCCCUUUGCCACAUGGGUAAGCAGAAAAGUCUAUUCCGACCACACAUUUAGCAUAAAAUCUGUCAAAAAUCAACCAUUUUGCAUAGUUCUGAAAAUGUCAGAAAAAUAUUCCUAAAACUUGUCAUUUCAUUUCACUUCAAGUCAAACACAAUGCAAGCUGUCAUGCGAUCAUGCUGGUUUCACCAGGCUAUAAUGAUAUUGAACUAUUACUGAAAUUAUGUGCCUGCUUAUCUUGCCCCUAAAAUCUGAGAGUUAAAAUGGGUGCUAAAGUAAAUUAAUAUGAAAAUGUUAAAUAUCUUGAAUACCACAUUUAUGUCUUUCAUGAUCAGUUCGCAUCCACAUCAGCAGUGAAAGAAUGUAUUGGGAGCAGGCUCUGGAGUACUGCAAUAAUAACCACGAUGGACUGCUGCGUAUUGAGACAGCAGAAGACCUGGAAGCAAUCAAGCAGAAGUUCAAGGGGACUGACUUUACUGGUCCUAUGUGGGUGGGUCUGAGACAGAGCCGUCUCUUUGGGUUCUGGGUGUGGACCAAUGGGCUGCCAGUGGGAUGGAGUAACUGGCAUGGAGACAAACAGCCUGAACAGCCUCUGUCCAACCACUGUGGUGCCAUGGCAACCGUGGCGGGAUACAAGUGGAGUGAUCAGGAUUGUCUGUCCAAGCGGUUCUUUAUUUGUGAAGAAUAA